AUGGCCAGUGAGCAAACAAAUAUCAGCAGCAGUGUUGAAGAACCGCUGGAUUUAAUUCGACUUAGUCUUGAUGAACGAAUUUAUGUCAAAAUGCGCAAUGACCGAGAAGUACGGGGAAAACUCCAUGCGUUUGAUCAACAUUUAAAUAUGAUUCUUUCACAAGUAGAAGAAACCGUAACAACAAUCGAGUUGGACGAGGAAAAUUUCGAAGAAAUGCAUAAACAAACGAAACGACAAAUACCAAUGUUAUUUGUUCGUGGCGAUGCGAUAAUUUUGGUUGCACCACCACUAAGGCAUAUUUAA